AUGAAUCAAGAAAAAGCCGCUGCCAUUCACCUGGAGGAGAAGUCCCCGCAGCUGGACGAGCAGUUCGAUGUUGUGGACGAAAGGGCCAUAGGAGGCAAUGAUGUCUCUGACCUCCCGCCGAGAUACUUUGUUAGUUGGCAGAUCAUCGGUAGCUCUAUUGCCUUCGCGCUAGGUGUUGGGGUGCAGCUGGGUGGUCUGACCAUGAUCAGCAAUGCGCUCUAUGCGUACAUCGACCCCGAUCUGGGGCCGAGCCCCAAUUCCCUAUGGAUCACCACGGCGAUAUCUCUAACUCAGAGUGUUGCUUUGCCGUUGUACGGUCGACUUUCGGAUAUAUUCGGUAGACGAUGGUUCUUCAUUGGCGGCAAUAUCUUGGUUCUGGCUGCAAUGUUGAUCGGGUCCCAAGCCAAGAGUGUCAACAUGGCAAUUGCCGCGAGUGCCAUGAGUGGCUUUGGAGGAGGGGCUCAGGUUCUCGGUGCUAUCGUUCCUGGAGAACUCUUUCCCAAUAAAUAUCGAUAUCUGGUCUGGAUGGGUGCAAGUACUGGACUAUUCCCGAUUGUGGCAUUGGCACCUGGAAUCUCUAGAGAAUUAUGUAUGACCGGUCCAGGCGGCUGGCGGUGGAUUUAUCGCACGCUUGCCAUCGUCACUAGCAUCAGCACAAUUCUUCUCUUCUUCUGUUAUCAUCCCCCGAAUUUCGAAAGACUUCACAAAUCUGGCACUAGGCGUGAAGCAAUCAAGCAUAUGGACUGGAUCUCUAUGCUCAUCUACUCUGCCAGUACAUCGUCGCUCGUACUGGGGCUGACAUGGGGUAGUGGACUCUACUGGGUUGGUGCGGUUCCCUAUUACGCUCUGAAUAUUCUCCUACCUCAACAGUUGAGCCUGGUGCUCCAUGUCUCACCAUCUGUCGCAGGGUGGGCAUCGUGUGUUCUAUCUGGAGGUAUCGUCCUCGGAGCCAUUAUCCAGGGAGUUUUGCCUCCCCAUUGGAUGCAGAAGCUCGGUAUCACGAUCAAAAUGGAAAUGAUCAUCUGCUGUAUCAUCUUCGCAGUUUUCCUCGGUGCAAUGGCUGAUCCAAACUUGACGCUUGCUAAAGCAACUAUCUUCGGCAUGAUAGCAUCAGCGGUCCAGUCCAACAGCCCACUAUGGACCGCCUAUUUCCCACACUGGAUAGCAUUGACAUCUCAAGGGAUAUUCGAGUCGCGAUGCGUCGCUGCUGCCUCUCUCGAGGUCGAUCAAAAGGAUGUUGGACAAUCGAACGGAGCGCAGAUGAGCUUUCGUAACAUGGUAACGGCUGUUGCAAGCGCUAUAUUUGUCACCACGCUUAACAACACGAUCCCUAAGAAUGUGCAUAAGUACGUGGUUCCGGCAAUAGCUAAGACGGGUGCAUCUCCAGCCAUUACCGAGGCGCUGGCGCUGGCUAUCGCAAGCGGCAAUACAACUGCAAUCGCCGGAAUCCACGCUUCACCAGCUGCCAUUCAAGCAGGCAGUGCAGCAAUGCAGCUUGCCCUGGUCAAGUCCUAUCAGUUAUUGUACUAUAUCAGCUUGGCCUUUGGAGGUACCAUCACCAUCGCGGCAUUUUUUCUCACCUCUCACCUUAUGCAGAGCAGGCUUACUACCGAGAUCCCACGGCGCCUGCAAGAUGUAGGUAAGCAGCGCCAGUCGGACUCUGAAGCUGCGACUCCCACUUCGGAUCACGAGAAGUAG